AAACAAGUAUCUCAAUGACAUUCCUUCUGUGGUUGUUGUGUUCUAUGAUUUAGACUGGAAUCCUUUGUGAAAUGAGAAAAAGAUGGAAUGUGUGUCUAGAGUGCAAUCUUUAAGAGCUGCUCUCGAUGGAAGGAGUACGAAAAUAGCUGUAGUGUUGAUACAACAUAUCGUUCAACUGCUUCCUGUGCCGAAGACGUAGUCGCGACUGAGCGUGCAACAGCGUUGUGUGGAGCUUGUGAUUUAACAGCAAAGCUUUUGUACAUUCUGCCACAUGCUGAUCACUUACUGGGAUGUAUAUCGAGGCUAGAGACGACGUUGUACGAUUUGGCACAAAACUUUUAUCAUCACGAAUAUCGAAAUGUUAAAAGUCAUUGCGAUCAGCUCACUAAGAAUGUUCAUCAAUACUUAUUUGUUCGACAUCAAUUUAAAAUGGCAUUUUUAAACUCAAGCAGGAGUUACAUCUUGCUCAAAAGCAUUACAUGCAAGCUUACCACAAUCUCCUUGAAACAAGAAUGAUGGAUGCAAACGCAGUGGAGAUUAAAACUAUUGCUGGUUUUAUAAAUUAUAAAUUAUGUAGAAUAAUUUUUAAUUUGAAUCUUCCUAAAGAUGCCAUUUCUCAAUUUAGACUUCAUACAGAAAGAUUUAAAUUCAAAACUGGUACAAAGGAGCUCAUGAUUGAACAUCACGCUUGGAUGAGCAGCCAGUUCUCUACAUUUGCAGAAUUAUUUGAUGAGGCUGUUCGUCAAGGAUUACCUGCUGUUCAAACGCAACAUCCAGAGUAUUAUUUCCAAUUAGCUGCCAAUCAUGCAAGUUUAAGACAAUCUGCGUGUAAAGAACUUUGCCAGCAUAAGCAGCUAUCCAGAUCCUGAUCCAUUACUGGGUGAAAAGAAACUGGAAUUUUAUGGACAACGGCCAUGGAAACUUGGGAAGUUAAGCGCGGAACCAGCAGACACAGCUCGAGAAGCUAUUGGCAUACAAGCUUUACAACAUAGGAAAAAAACUGCAGUUAAUCAUUUUGUAAGAUAAUUACUUUUAUAUAUAUCUGUGCUUUUAGAUAAGCAUACAUAAAUCGUAAAAUAUUUACAUUUCUUUCGAGAUGAUAAUUAUUGAUUUACUAGGAAACGCGAUAUCGCAAUUCAAAAUAUAUUAUCCAAGAAUGUGGCGAUUAUUAGGUAUUAAUUUGCCUUUGGAAAUUUAUAUAUAUAAAUUACUUAUAAUA